GCAAUGUGCAUGCUGUGCUCUGACACCCCCUGUAGCACACACUGACAGCCAGGCUCUGUGUACCAUGCGUUCCACUCUGCUCCGCCGAAUCGCUCCCAGCCUGCCCGGGAUAAGGGCACUGCCCGGGGGCUACAGCAGGCGGGCGGCCAGCGGCGGGACAAGCAGGGGCCAGGAAGAACCACCAUCCCCAGCCAGAGAGAUAAUUCAACGUUCCAGAGAGACACUUACUGGUUUGCAAAGAGAAAACUCCACUUUUAAGCCUCUUUUGGCUAUAAUACAGGCAAGUGUGGAUGAUCUAACUUUGGAAACCACUAAGCACUUGGCAAAAGAGCUUGGUGUGGAUAUUUUGCACAUACGUCUUCCUCAAGAGAGUCGUGAUGAAGAUAUUAUCGAUGAAAUCUUGAAGCUCAACGAUGAUCCAAAAGUCCACGGACUUGUUCUUCACCUGAAUAACCUUAACAGUAAAGUAAUAAACACCGUGAGACCAGACAAAGAUGUGGAUGGUAUUACUGAUGUUAACUUGGGAAAGGUGGUUCGUGGAAAUGUUCAAGAAGGUUUUGUUUCACCAGCUGCCAGUGGUGUGAUUGAGCUUCUGGAGAAACAUUCCAAGCUAUCGUUAGAGGGGAAGAGAGUUUUGCUAGUUGGAGCUGAAGGUUUCCUGGAAGCCUCCUUGCAAUACCUGCUACAGAAGAAAGGAUCCACAACUGUGACUAGCUCAUGGCAAACUCCACAACUGCAGAAAAAGCUUAGUGAGGCAGAUAUCGUUGUUAUUGGCAGUGAAAAACCAAAGGAAAUUCCGAUCAGUGGGAUCAAGCCUGGAGCAACGGUCAUUAACUGCUCACAUGAAACUGGUGGCUCUGAACAGCACAGUGAUGGGAUUGGUGGUCAAGGCGUGGGUUCAACGGCAGCGGCUCUAAGAAUAAAGAACCUAGCGGAAAGUAGUAGAAGAUGGAUUGAAGCUCAACGGUAUAAAAAAUGGAAUCUACAUUGCUUAAAACUAAAUCCACUUUCUCCAGUUCCAAGUGACAUCGAGAUUUCCCGUGCACAGCGCCCUAAAGGCAUUGAUGUACUUGCCAAGGAAAUUGGGUUGCUUGCAAAUGAAAUUGAGGUCUAUGGACAAACAAAAGCCAAAGUACGUCUCUCUCUGCUGGAUAGGCUGAAGGAGCAGCCGGAUGGAAAAUACAUCUUGGUGGCAGGAAUAACCCCCACACCACUUGGAGAAGGGAAAAGCACUGUAACCAUUGGGCUGGUGCAAGCUUUAACGGCUCAUAAAGACCUGAACUCCUUUGCGUGUCUGAGACAACCCUCACAAGGACCCACCUUUGGUGUAAAAGGUGGGGCAGCAGGAGGAGGAUAUGCCCAAGUCAUCCCAAUGGAAGAGUUUAACCUUCAUUUGACUGGCGACAUCCAUGCCAUCACGGCUGCCAAUAACUUGCUGGCUGCUGCCAUAGAUGCCCGCAUUCUGCAUGAAGGCUCUCAGUCUGACAAGGCCUUAUAUAACCGACUUGUUCCAUCGAUUAAUGGAGUGAGAGCCUUUUCCCCGAUACAGAUUGCUCGUUUAAGGAGAUUGGGAAUAGAUAAGACCGAGCCUCGAACACUGACCGAGGAAGAGAUUAGCAAAUUUGUGCGUCUUGAUAUUGAUCCAGCUACAAUAACUUGGCAAAGAGUGUUGGACACAAAUGACAGGUUUCUUCGAAAAAUCACAGUUGGCCAAGGAAAUGCAGAAAAAGGAUAUGUUCGACAGGCCCAGUUUGACAUUGCUGUUGCAAGUGAAAUUAUGGCUAUCCUUGCUCUAACAAACGGCCUGCAGGACAUGAAAGAGAGACUGGGAAGGAUGGUUGUAGCCAGUGACAAGAAAGGUCAGCCGGUGACUGCUGAGGACCUGGGUAUAACUGGUGCUUUGGCUGUAUUGAUGAAGGAUGCCAUUAAACCAAACUUAAUGCAGACCUUGGAGGGAACUCCAGUGUUUGUCCAUGCUGGACCCUUUGCCAAUAUUGCACAUGGUAGCUCUUCUGUUUUGGCAGACAAGAUUGCAUUGAAACUAGUUGGAGAAAAUGGAUUUGUUGUGACAGAAGCUGGAUUUGGAGCAGAUAUUGGAAUGGAGAAAUUCUUCAAUAUUAAGUGCAGAACCUCUGGCCUGAUUCCCAAUGUAGUUGUCCUCGUUGCAACUAUACGAGCUUUAAAGAUGCAUGGAGGGGGACCAAAUGUAACCUCUGGUGCUCCUCUUGCAAAAGAAUACACAGAAGAGAAUCUCAGUUUGGUUGAACAAGGUUGCUGCAAUUUACAGAAGCAGAUUGAAAUUGCUCAUCAGUUUGGUGUACCAGUUGUGGUUGCUUUAAAUGUGUUCAAAACAGACUCUCAAGCUGAGGUUGACCUCGUGUGUAGGAUUGCAAAGGGCUCUGGUGCUUUUGAUGCCGUUCAAUGUGAUCACUGGUCAGCUGGAGGUAGAGGAGCUAUCGAGCUAGCCCAGGCAGUGAAGGAAGCUGCAAGCCAACAGAGCAAAUUCACAUAUUUGUAUGAUCUGGGGCUGCCUAUUGCUGAGAAAAUCCGAGCAAUAGCUCAGAAAGUAUAUGGUGCUGCAGAUAUUGAACUUUCCCCUAAGGCCCAGUCCAAAAUAGAAGUUUAUACUCAACAGGGCUUUGAUAACCUUCCAAUCUGCAUGGCUAAGACACAUCUGUCUUUGUCACAUCAGCCAGAGAAGAAAGGAGUACCCACUGGCUUCAUACUGCCCAUCAGUGAUGUACGAGCAAGCAUUGGUGCUGGAUUCAUAUAUCCUCUAGUGGGAACGAUGAGUACAAUGCCCGGACUACCCACCAGACCUUGCUUCUAUGAUAUCGACCUUGAUCCUGUGACUGAGGAAGUAAAAGGCCUUUUCUAAUUAAACAACAGGGAUCUCACACUACAAGGAUGUCAACUGAACAGCAAUAAUGAAGAAAAAUCAGGAAUGCAAAAACAAUCUUUUUCUUUUCUCAUUUGGAAUAAAUUGGAAUAUCUUGAAAAUAA